CUUUGAUCUCUUAUACAUAAAUGGCGAAUUUGUAUGACGCAACAUGUUCUUCUUCUUCAUCUCCACCUGAACCAGAUGAUAUCUCCCAUUUUCUUCAUCAGAUCCUCUUACGUUCAUCAUCAACAUCAACCCCAUCUGUUAUGGUCCAAAGGGGUAAACAAAUGCAAUCUUUAGUGCCUCCCAGUUUUUCCCCGGGAAAUCCGGCCCAAUCUACCGUCGUUUCUGGGCCGGAAAGGAUCUUCACGGCAGAGUCAUCUUCCGGGCUGAACUCCUCGUCCGGCGUCGUGUUUCCAGCGAGUGCCAUGAACAUGGCGUCGUUGUCGGUCGGAAUAAUUGACAAUGACCUUGAUGAGUACGACUGCGAAAGCGAGGAGGGUUUUGAAGCGUUGGUGGAAGAGGCUUCGGCAAAGCCAACUCCUCGUAAUUCGUUGAAGAGAAGCAGAGCAGCGGAAGUUCAUAAUUUGUCUGAAAAGAGGAGAAGGAGCAGGAUCAAUGAAAAAAUGAAAGCACUGCAGAAUCUAAUUCCUAAUUCAAACAAGACGGAUAAGGCUUCGAUGCUUGAUGAAGCCAUUGAGUACCUUAAGCAGCUUCAGCUCCAAGUGCAGAUUAAAGAAAGUUUUUAACACCCUCAACCGAAGGUGCACAGUGAGGCUUUCCCCUGGAUGGAUGUCCUUCUGAAUUUGUUGAUAGAAAUUGGCACUCUCUGUUCCCAAACUUCUGCAGAAUGCUUUUGAGGGGUUUUUUCCCCAUAGUUUUCCAACUAGGGAUGCAAUGCUUCAAGUUAGAACUUGCUUCUGUUUGAGUAAGAUGCUGCAACUUGAGGAUUAUUCAAGGCUGAGCUUUGAGUCUUCUUGAGCUAAACCUUUUCCAUUUGCACCAAGCCUUGUGGGUGAUGAUUUUGUGGAUCUCUUUAAUUCAGAAACAGGCAGUGGGAACAUUAAGUGUAAAGCAAAAUAUUGUCGGCAGUCCAAGAACUACAAUGAAUGCUAUACUUGUAGACGUUGGCCUGGCUUUCACUAGGAACUGCAGAUUCCAAAAAACACAAUAAUUCAGCGAAAAUGCCUACGACCAAUACUACAUACAGGCCUACGGAAAGUUAUUUUUGCCACAGUGAAAGAUGCUGCUGGCCCGAUUCUCUUACUGUUGCCUUUUUUUAUAACUCAGUUAUCUUCUUCUCGUGCUCAUUUACAUAAAAGAAACUCCAGGAUCUGCCUCUAAAAACAGUCCUGUUUCUGGAAAAUCCUUUUGACAAUGUUGAUAAUAAAUGCAUGGAUUAAGUUGCCAAUGAAUUUGCACUUGUACCUCAAAGGAGCAUUAUGGCUUAGAAGUGGGGAAUUUGAUCUCUUAGACUGUAUUUAGUCUGCUUCUCCUUGUAGAAGCUUGUAGAGUAUCACAAUCCUUGCAGGUAUAGCAUCCAGCUCUCCCUCUAAAAAGCCGUUCCCAAGGCUUAUUUUGGACUUGGGCUGUUUCUGUGGCUUGUUUUACCUUGGUUAUUGUUAAAGCUUUUUUUUUUUUCCCGGUUCUUCCAUCUUGGAUAUAAAGUUAACCUUUCUGAUGCAAUUUUUUGUUGUCUAUUUUAUAUC